GGACCACGCUUUCAGCUCCCCAAAAUCUCAAUUUCCCCACUCUUUCCCCAACGAACCCAGUGCCGAGCCAGGGGAGGAGCGUUCCUCUAGACACGAAUCCCUCGUCUGGCGCUGUCGCUGUCGCGCCGCCGCCCCAACCCGUUGCUUUUCCAUCCACCGGCAAGGUUCACCUGGAUCGCCAUCGCCGCGACCGCUGCAAACGGAUUGAGUCGACUGGUGGAUUGAGUCCGAUUCAACUCGGAAUCCAAUCUCAUCCGAUCCGUUCCAUCUAUAGAUCUGGUGGCUCCAGCCUCCGCAUCUUGCCCCCUAGCCGCCUCUCCUAGCCAUACCUGCUCCUUCUGUCGUAGAUGGAGCCAGAGAGGAUGUCGACCACAAUUAUCUACGAGGAAGUCGUGGAAGAGAGCCAAGAAGAGUAUUUCCAUCGCAGCUUACUGGAUUGGGCGCUUGGCCGCCGUGUGCCUUGGAUUGACUAUUCCGAGCAAGGCAGAGAAGAAGACGAGGAGGAGGAGCGGUUCAGGCUGGGUCCCAGAGUCCCGGCCUCGCGCGAGGCCGUCAAGGAGUUGAAGGCGAUAACCUGGGCGGCGGCCGGCGCUAGGCUGCAGACUGAGUGCGCCGUGUGCCUCAAGGACUUCGAGGCGGAGGACAUGGUCAGCAAGAUGCCGUGCGACCACUGCUUCCAUCACUGCUGCAUCUCGCAGUGGCUCCGGGUCAGCUGCGUCUGCCCCCUCUGCCGCCACGCGGCGCUGCCCACUGCAUGAUGGCGUCCACCGUCGACGCUCCAGUUAGCUUUUUGUGUUUGGCGGCACUGUCCCUUUCUCAAUGUAUGUAAACCUAGGACAGGAGCAGGGCGUCACAAUUUGAUCUGUUCCUAGAGCAACUAUGAUGCAAAACUAGCUCCUGUUUUCCCAGCAAAUUGUUUAUCUACUCCUCAAUGUAAAAGUGGUACCAGUGCCAUGUUUUCUUUUU